AUGACAACACCAGAAUCGCCGGUGUGCGCAUCGGAAGAACACCUCGAAAUGUACCGCUCCCACGCUUACACAGCCGCUCUUUUCUUCAAUUUGGCAAUCGCCAUCACAUCCAUCGUGCUCAUCAUGUUGGCAACGAAAAAGUUGAUGUCAGAGGGCAUCAUCAACACUUCCACACGGAUCUUUCUGAUUGUCGGUCUCAUGUGCUGCACUCUCCACCAGACGGCCUACAUUUUCCUGCGGGCAAGCCAGCGACUUCUCGUUCUCUUGAAUUCUGGCUCAUUCAGGUGCAAGUAAUCCAUCAGAUCUUCUUCCGACUCUCCGAACCGUGUCGAUUAUAUUACAAGGCGUACGACUGCCGCCUCGUGACGUUCGGGCUCGUCGCGGGCAACUGUGGCAUGAUUCUGAUACAGUCCGCGAUGACUGUCGACCGGAUUCUUGCCACGGUUUUCGCGAAUUUGUGGCCUCGGCUCAAGUAUUGGCCUGGCGUUGUGCUCUCGGUGAUGGUGGUCAGUGUUAUGGUACUCUACCGUACUACAGUAAUCCAUUUCAGAUAGUCAGCAACUACCUCGUGAACGAGUACGUCUUCUGGAACGAUCCCCUGACUGACUACGUGCCCACGUGCGGCACUUUCCGCCCAAAUCCGUGCAGCGAUUCAUGCGGUUCCUGACCGUCGCCUUCUAUUUGUCCAUCGGCCAUAUGUUCGUCAACGUCGUAAUUCUGUACCGAAACGUGGUGCAGGACCGGCGGCAGAGGUUGGUUUCAGACGGCCAAAGGUGCACCGACCGGGUUACGGUAAAUGGUUAACCAUUCUGUGUUUCAGAAAUUCGUUCAAUGUGAACGAGCGAUAUCAGUCGAGGGAGACUCUGAAGUCGACGCAGGCCAUCUUCUUCUUGAGCAUGUCCCAGUUCUUCGCAAUGUUCUUGUAUACCGUACUCACCGACUUCUUCCUGAAACUUCAGCCGACGAUCACUCCGCUACAAUACGGAUUAGCGCUGGCUUUGAUUUAUGUAAGUCUGCUCGCAAUCGGACGCAAAGCUCAUUUCGACAGUUCCAGACAACGCCCUACACGUGUAUCGUCAUUCCGACGUUGAUCAUGUUGACUUUGUGCUUCAUCAGACAUCAGAGAAUGCGAAGUAUCAAUGCGAUGAGAUCGCAGACGGAGACUGGCGAUGAGCACAUGCGCAAGAUUCAGGAGAUCUGGGCGAAAUGA